AUGAAAAGAGACAUUCUUUCUUCGAUAAGUUUGAAUGAUACAGAAUUGAAAAUUCAAAAUUUAUUAGUCAAUUUUUGUGAACACUAUAAUUCGAACUGUGAACCUAAUAAGGAGCUAGUUUUAAGAAUAACAGGAGGAUGGGUUAGAGAUAAGCUAUUAGGAAAGGAGAGUAAUGAUUUGGAUAUAGCAAUUAAUCAUCUCUCGGGGGAAGAAUUUGCGUCUCAGUUGCAUUCAUACUUAGAUCAAUUUCAUCCCAAUUUAACAUUAAAGGCAAUCCACACUAUAAAGAAAAACCCAGAAAAGUCAAAACAUUUAGAGACAUGCACAACUAAGUUAUUUGGCUUGGAUAUCGAUUUUGUUAACUUGCGGUCGGAGGAAUAUACAACUGAUAGUCGAGUACCGAUAAUUGAAUGUGGCACUGCAGAAGAAGAUGCAUUGAGAAGAGAUGCAACAUUAAAUGCAUUAUUUUACAAUAUAAACCAAGGUGUUAUUGAGGAUUUUACUGGGAAGGGGUUAGAUGAUUUAAAAAACGGGAUUUUAAGAACACCAUUACAGCCAUUACAGACAUUUUUAGAUGAUCCACUACGGGUGCUUAGAUUAAUUAGAUUUGCAAGUAGAUUUAAUUUCUUGGUGGAAUCUGAGACUUUGAAAUCCAUGACUAAUGAUGAAAUCAAAUCAACCUUGAUACAUAAAAUAAGUAGGGAAAGAAUUGGGGUAGAGGUUGAAAAGAUUUUGACAAGUAAUAACCCUGAAUAUGGUUUACAUUUGAUUAAUUAUGUCGGCUUAACUAAAAGCAUUUUCAACGCUGGACCAUUUAGUAAAGUGAUCGAUGAAAAUAAUGAUAAAAAUACCCUAGAUGAAAUGAACGCUUGUACUCAAAAUCUUGUUUCUCAACUUCCAAUAGUACUUGGACUUUUUCCUGUUUUCCAGAGCACUAUUAAAGAGUCUAGUUUUCCUAGAUUUCAGGAAUCAUUUGAUGCAAUAUUCAAUGAUAAGCAAUUAAAAAAGCUAUUCUGGCUAUGCGCAAUUUUACAACCAUACAAAUCUUUGUCUGUAAAGUCAAAUGCCAAAAGAGCUAUGCGUACUCAAGUGGUAGAAAUAAUUUUAAAAGAGGGCCUAAGAUUUGGCAAACAUGAGUUUGAUCCGGUGUCUACGAUUGUCAGAGAAUCCCAAUUGUCGCAUGAAAUAUUAGAUAGAUGCUUUAAGGACCCAGAUCAUCUUAAAAGAUCGGAACUAGGCUUAUACAUCAAGCAAUUUGAUAAAUAUUCAGCUUUGAAUAUUGUUUUUAAUUGCUUCAAUGAUAUUGUGCAACAAAUCCAUCUCGAGGCCCCAAGUGAUCUCCCCUCUCCAGUACCCGUGAAUUCUUUAGACCUUGAUCUAUCAGUUAUAACAAAAUCUAUACAAAGUUACGAGUGCUUACUCACCUCGGUUAUAAACCAAAAAUUAACAGAGGUUCAUACAAUAAGACCAUUGAUAGAUGGAAAAACUCUUUCAAAAGAGCUUAGUAUGAAGCCAGGUCCUUGGAUGGGUAAAAUAAAUUCUGAAAUAUUAGUGUGGCAAUUAGAUAACCCUUCAGGUACUCAAGAAGAGUGCUUAAAUUACGUUAGAGAGAUUUUACCUAAUUAUAUAUGA